AUGAAUUUUGAAAUUUUUUUCAGACAAAGGUUUUAUCUCGGUAUAAUGGAAUCAAUUGUUGUAUUGGGUUUUGUUGGAAGUGGUAAAUCUUCCUUUUACCAGAAUAUUAGAAAAGAAUAUAGCAAAUACAAGAUUGCAUUUAUUUUCGAUGGUUUGGGCAGUUUACCAGAAUCAGUAUUACAAUUCGAACAAUAUAAAGGAUCAAAAGUAUUAAUUCAAGAUGUCGCAUUAUCAUUAAGCAAUGGAUCAACUGUAACCAUUAUGGAGGAUGAGUUUAUUCAAGACUUCAUUUUACCAAACCAAUAUGAUUACGUAGUAUUCUUUAGUCAUCCUUUUGAAAGUAAUUUCUUAAUCGAUGUAUUACAAUAUGGAUCAGAACAAAUGGAGGGCACAGGUUUGGGUGAAUUUAUUUCAAAAAUUAAAUUAGUUAAUAUUGUUACAGUUUUAGAUGCUGAAAAGUUAUUAAAUGACUUAAAGUCAAAUAAUAAAGUCGGUGAAAUGAUGAAAAUUGUUGGUGAAGAACAAGAAGAGCAAGAGGAAGAAGAGAAUCAUGAAAAAACAGGUUGUAGUUCAAAAAAAGAUGAUUGUUGUAAAGAUGGUAAAUGUAGUAAUGAAAAAACAGACGAUUGUUGUAAAGAUGGUAAAUGUAGUAAAAACUCAGAACAACAACAAUUUGAAAAUGAAGAGGAUUUGGAUGACUGUGAAGCAGAUAUCGAAGAAUUAACAAAUACAGCCGACAAAUUAGUUUCAACUUUAAUUUUAGAACAGAUUUCAAUUUCAAAUAUUAUUAUUUUAAAUAAAAUUGAAAAGAUUUCAAAGGAAGAUUUAGAAUUUAUUCAAAAGCUUUUAAAUUUAAUUUCAUCAUCUCUUAUUAUUGAAACCAAUUAUUCAAAAGUUAAAUUUGAAUUAUUAUUUGGUUAUGUUAUUACAGUAAGAAAUUAUCAACUCGAAAAUCAAACAAAUCAAGGCAUUUCAAUUUUAAAUUAUUAUCAAAGAAAACCAUUCCAUCCAGAAAGAUUUUCAAAAUUAGUUUAUGAUGAAAAAAAUAAAUUUAAAUCAGAAAACUUUAAAGGUGUAUUACUUUUGACUGGUCUUGUUUGGUUUGCUACCGAUAUGAAAAACAAAUAUAUUUUUGAAAUUAUGGAAAACAAAGAGGUUUUAGGAGGCAAACGUCCAUUUUGGUCAACUCUUGAUGAAAAUGAAUGGAAUCCAAGUAUCAAAGAAAACAUUGAAAGAGAAAUCAAAUUAUUUAAAUAUCAAGAUAGAAAAAUAGAGUUAUCAAUUGUUGGUUUAUCAUCUAACCAAUUUGACCAAGAGUUAAUGUUAAAGAAGUUGGAUGAAUGUUUAUUAACCGACAAAGAAAUGGAAAUGGGUCCAAACGAAUGGGAAUCUUAUAAUAAUCCUCUUAAAAAUUUAAAAUAAAAUAUUGUAAAAUAUGAUCAUUGAUCAUAUAGUUUUCCAAUGGUGCCUUGGAUGCAUCCUUGU